AUGACCCCGACUGAGCUACGCAAGAUCCGAUCGGAACUCUUCAACAGUGGAUUGGUAGCAUACUUUGAAUACGGAGAGUUCGCCAACCACUCUUCUCCAGACAACUUUCUUGCCGUUGACCGUAAGUCUCUCUCGGAUGCGAUGGAGCCAAUCGAUGAGCGGGGAGACUGGGAGGCUGUUAUUGUUGCUUCUUACAAGGGCUGGUGA